AUCCCUAAAUUUUGCUUAUGUUUAUAGUGCAUACUGCUAAAUACGAGAAGAAUAAACAAGCAUUGCAGGCGAAGACUUGGGUGGGGGAAAGGGGAAAGCCGCCAUGGAGGCCUACAAGCUAUGGGUGCGGAAGAAUCGAGAGUUCGUCCAUUCUUUGGAAUCGUUGGCCAACGGCAUGACAUGGCUUCUCCCGGAGCGCUUCUCCAAUUCCGAGAUUGGUCCCGAAGCAGUAUAUGCGUUUUUGGGCGUAGUCAGUGCGAUGAACCAGCAUAUAAUUGAUACGACGCCGACCCGAAUCCACCCUCCGGGCUCUGUGGAUUCAUUUCCAUGGUCUUUGUGCAUCUCCAUGCUCAAAGAUGUUGAGGCGGUGGUCGAAGUUGCUGCCCAAUACUUUGCUGGUGAGGACGGCAAGUGGAAUUUCAUUGCUGCUACCGAGGCGAUGAAGGGUGUUGUGGAAUUGGUACAAUUCAGGGCAUUAGUUAGGUUAGCAGUAUUCCAUGAUAGCGGAUACAAGAUGCUCUUGCAAGGAGGGGAGUCAGUGAAUGUCCACAAGGAGCCAGAUGUUGCAGGAGUCCAUCAUGUUGGGAUUGGGAAUCCUGGAAGGUCUGUUGGAUAUCAUGGGCCUGGUUAUGUCCCAGAAUAUCAUGGCUAUGUACCCAGGAGUCUUGAAGGAAGAGCUAUUAAUGCAUUGAACCGGUUCGGAGAGAAUGCAAAAACGGCCUUGGAUCCAGAGUGGCUGAACAGGCUUCGAAGGACUUCAGAGUCUCCUGCAUUGCCAGUUAAAAAAUUGACACUUUCUAACAUUUGGUCCGAGAAAGGGCUUUCCGGUGGACUAUUUGUGACAGGGGAGGCGCUUUUUAUCUUGAGACCACUUAUAUAUGUUAUGUUUAUUAGAAAAUAUGGGAUUAGAUCCUGGACACCUUGGUUAAUUUCACUAGCUGUGGACCUCACUGGAAUGGGUGUUCUUUCUUAUGCCACAAGUCAAGGUAGUAGGAGUGGAGAUAAAUUUUAUCAGCUUUCCUCCUCUGAAAAAGAUGAGUUCAAAAGAAGAAAGCUGACAUGGGCACUUUACAUCAUGAGAGAUCCAUUCUUUGCCAAGUAUACCAAGAACCGGCUUGAGAAGACUGAUAAAUACUUGAGCCAAGUUCCGUUUAUUGGGUUCCUUACAGCUAAACUUAUAGAGCUUCUAGAGGGUGCUCAAACACGAUACACAUACACAUCAGGUUCGUGAGGAGAAUGAACCAAACCCAGGGGCUUCCCUGCUGAGACGGUCAUUGUUGGUCGGUUCUCUUGAUAUCUUGGCAAAUGCAUUUUGAUGAAUCAAGUUUUAUUAUUUAUGCGGAUCAACAAAUUUAUCUGUUUAUGUGCCUUCAGCAAUUUGUAAGGUAAAUUAUUGUAUAUGAGCUGCUUUCUCGAGCCAUCUUCAACAUGUUCCUAGAUGAACAUCUGUAUUUGAACUAGACAUUUCAUUGAUGUAAUCAAAAGGUGCAUAUGCAGCACAUGAAAUGAAAAAUUCAUGAGUAAAAAAAUCCUUAUUUAGCAUUCCA